AUGUCCGCUUUCCUGUCCUCGCUGCGUCCUGCACUCCGCGCCACUUCCGGUGCUGCACAGGCUGCGCGUUCCUUCAGCUCCUCCUCGUCGCGUUCCGCCGCGAAGAUGAUGAUUACCGGUCGUCUUACGGCCGAGCCCGAGUUGCACGUCACCGCCUCUGGCCAGGAAAUCGUCAAGUACUCUGUUGCUUCGCAUACCUACAAGGCUGACAAGCCCGCGAGCUUUUUCAACAUUGGGGCCUUCCCCGAGGGCAACCAGAAGGAUUUCAUCCUCAGCCUGCCAAAGGGAACCCUCGUUUUCGUCGAAGGAGAUGCCUACAUGCGCCAACACGAGGACAGCAACGGCAACAAGAGACAGACCCUCAACAUCCUUCAGCGUGAGCGCCCAGCCCAGAACCUCGUCCAGUCCCAAUAUUCUGAUUCAUCUCUUCACGAAACACUAACAAUUUAUACCGAACCAGGCACUCUGGAGGUCUUGAGACGCCCUUACAUCCCCGCUGAGAACAGCGAAAGCGACGGUACCAACUAA